AUGAGCGCGCUGUGGAAUUACGCAUGCGUGAAUUUGCGGGGAUGUGCACCCUGGGGCUUUCAACUGCGCCAGACUGACACUGAACCUCACAGACCUGUUCAGGUGCACCAGGUUGAAGAAGGCAGUCAUGCAUCCUUGGCUGGUUUGUGUGAGGAUGAUGAGCUUGUUUCUGUGAAUGGAGUAUCCUGCUCCAACCUCAGCCUUGCAGAGGUUAUUGUUUUCAUCGAGAAUGCCACUGACUGCUUGCAACUAGUAGUAAAAAGGUGCUGUUUACACCCUGAAGAACAGUCUCAUUCUGUUAACAAUACUUUUCAAAUUUGCCCAAUAAAACCCCAGAAGGAGACCUACAGGUUUACAGAGUCACAGGAGAAACAUAAUGGCAAGACAGAUAGUAAUGAUGCCAUCAACACUGUGGUCUGCACCCAGUUUUGUAUCCCAGCUCCAAAGGAGAGCGUUGAACCAGACAUCAAAGUCUCUAGUGAAGUCCCUAGGUUAGAAAUCAUCCCAGGAUCUGUGGUGGAACUGCAGCUGUCACUGGCAAAGACCACCCUAGAGAAGAACACCAGUUGUACGUCACUAGGCAGUGCUCGGGGAGUUGAAGUGGACUUUAACAAUCAACCAAACAAUGAAGAUGACAAUACAACAACCAGUGCUCCUGGCUCCUCCUCCUUCUAUAUACCACUACAUGAGAGACAGCCUCUAGGUCAGCGAGGCGUGCUUGUUAGCUCUCCAUCUGCUUUGCUGGGACAGGUGGACAUUACUUUAGAGCCUAUUGGGAGGGACUCUGAAACGGAAUGGGUGGAGGCCUGUGAGACUGAGGAUAGGGGGGGUAAACAAGUGGAUUACACUGAGACAGAAAGAGGGCACACUGGCCAGGCUGCUACCUCCUUUUCUGUCUCCUUUGGAAUUCCAUCAGAAGAACGGGACUCUGAGUCUGAGAGGGAGCUCAAUCAGCCCAACAAGCACCGGGCAAGGCACGCCAGGCUCCGACGGAGUGAGAGCCUGUCCGAGAAACAGGUGAAGGAGGCCAAGUCUAAAUGCAAGCGGAUUGCUCUUCUCCUGACUGCUGCUGCCCCCAACCCUCAUAACAAGGGGUUGUUGAUGUUUAAAAAGCACAGACAGAGAGCCAAGCAUUACACACUUGUAAGCUACGGAACUGGAGAAAAUGAACCACAAUCUGAUGACGAAGACAACGAAAAUUACAAGGAAGCACAUGCUGUUGAAUUUACAGUUCUAGCCACCAGUGAAACUGAACUUGAUGGGGAUUUCUUAAAAAACUGCUUAGACCACAAGAGCAUUGUAACCUUUGACUGUGAUACUGGACUUCUUGAGAUAGAGCGCAAACUUCACAACAAAGAAGAUAUGAAUGUGCUCCCUGAAACUAAGGGCAAAGGAGCCCUGAUGUUUGCACAGCGCAAACAGCGCAUGGAUGAGAUUGCAGCAGAACAUGAAGACAUGAGAAGUAAGGGGAUCUCUGUUGAGAGUGUGCAGGAUGCUGAGAAGCAUUACCAGCAUCAGCCUUACAUGCAGGCUAAUGAUGGCCAGAAUUACAUGGAUGUAAAUGUGAGCCACCAACAGCAGCACCCGCAGUACCAACAAUAUGAAGACCAUUAUUUUCAUCAUCAGCAACAACAUCAACAGCAGCAACAAUAUCAAGAGUACCAACAGCAAAUGCAAUAUCAACAGCAACAUCAUUACCAACAACAUCAAGAUUACCAACAACAGCUGGAGUUCAAGCAACAGCAACAGUAUAAUCAGCAGCAACAGUACCAGCAACAGGUGCAACAAUAUUCUAAUAAUAUGAAUGGUAUGUCUAGUCACCAAUCCAAUGUAAUGCAAUCAUCAGUCAUUAAUAGAAGUGCCAAGCCAUUUUCAGUACAGAACACGGCAGCAGUCACAUUCUCCCCAUCUGUAACUCAAGAGCAUUAUUCAGAUGGACAAGGAGAACAAAUUGCAUCCAGGGAUGAACGAAUUUCUGUACCUGCAAUCAAGACAGGGAUCCUACAAGAUUCCAGCAGAAAGAACAAAAGUAAGCCCAUGUUUACUUUUAAAGAGCCUCCAAAAGUUUCUCCAAACCCAGUGCUAUUGAAUCUUCUCCAUAAAAGUGACAAAAAGGUAGCCUUUGAUUCUGGUCCAGAGGAGGAUUACCUAAGCUUGGGGGCAGAGGCUUGCAACUUUUUGCAGUCCCCUAAAGUAAAGGACAAAACCCCACCACCAGUUGCCCCCAAACCUCACAUAAACCCAGCUUCCCCACCUUGGUCACCUGAACCAGAAACUGCAGAACAGCAGUUUCCUCAACAUGCUGAAAAUAACGUCCCAGUAUCUGCCAGGGAUUCUGUGACUAAAAUAGAGCCCACAGCCAUACCAGAUCAGGAACCCUCCUCCUCACCUGCUCCUGAACGACAGCAAGCUCUCACUAACCCCCCUUCACAGGUUCAGCCAGAAGCAGUCAAUGCAUGGGGUGUAUCUAAGCCACCCAUGCAGUCAGCUCAGCACACAGACACAUGGCAUGAGAAUCAAUUUCAACCACAAUUACAGGCAAAGCCAGAGCCACCUGUUAGCUCUUGGGGUCUAUCUUCAACUCAAGCUCAUGAGCAGCCACCAGUAAGUGCUUGGGGUCCAGCUGAGGUUUCUUUACAAGCCCAGACACAGAGUCAGUCAAAUAUGCAGCCACCCUGGGCAACCCAGCCCCAAGUCAACUCAGAAGUGCAACCACCCACAUCUAUUCAAACCCAGUCACAACCCCAGCCCGCCUUGGUGCCACAGAGUCAACAUCAACCACAACAUCAACCUCAAAUGAAUACAUGGGCAACAGCUCCAACUCAGUCAACACACCAAACCCAGUGGGCACAGUCUCAACAUCAAGAAGAGGCCUCUGUUAGUACUUGGUCUCAAGAGCCAAAUCAACCACAAGUACAACCACCCUGGGCCCAACAGCAACAAGUAUCUCAGCCAUCGCCACCAUGGACUGCUCCUCAACAGCAUUCUCAGCCCUCUUGGAUUCAGCCUCAAAGCCAGGCACAGCCUUGGACCUCCCCAACCCAGCAGCAAGUACUGCAACAACCACCUGUAAAUACAUGGAACCAACCUCAAAGUCCAGUUCAAGCCCAGCCUCAAUGGGCUCAGCAAGCUCAGCCAUCCCCUCAGCUCCCAUCACAAAUGCAGCAACAUCAAAAUACUUGGUCCUCAGCACCCAGUCAGUCACAGUCAUCAUGGACUCAACAGACUCAAGAACAGCCACAGCAAAUGAUAAGCUCAUGGACACCAGAGCAAAGUCAAGUACCGCCACCCUGGACUCAGCCACAAUCUCCAUCUCAGACACAACCUCAAUGGUCUCAUCAGCCCCAGAAACAGGCACCACCACAAUCCCAUUCUAAAACAGUUUCAAGUGGAUGGACACCAAGGCCCCAGCAAGGUCCAGUUAGUAACACAGCUGCUGCUGAACCCCAUAAACUGGCUCAGCAGGUCAAACCAUGGAGUCCACCUCAGACUAGUCAAACCUCUCCUGCGAAUCGAUUAAACUCAUACACACCUACAUCAAGAGCACCAGCACCAGCAUCAGCAACAAGUAGUAUGUCUCGCACUGGAAUGGGUUCAGCUUUUGAGAUGCCAGCCUUGAAAGGGAAAGGUGCAGAACUCUUCGCCAAGAGGCAAUCCAGAAUGGAAAAGUAUGUGGUGGAUUCCACUACAGUGCAGGCAAAUCAGGCAAGACCUUCAUCCCCUACUCCUUCUUUGCCAGUCUCAUGGAAAUAUUCACCUAAUUGUCGUGCUCCUCCACCUUUGUCAUAUAAUCCACUACAAUCACCCUCAUAUCCACCAGGUGCUACUAAGCAACCACCAUCAUCUAGUACAACUUUAAAGAACAAAAAUAAGGGCAAAGAUAAAGAAAAACCUGCACCCAAACCACUUAAUGUUUUGGAUGUCAUGAAGCAUCAGCCGUACCAACUAAAGUCAUCUCUGUUUACCUAUGGUCCAGCAGCAGAGAAACUUGCGGCAGAAAAUGAGGCAGCUCAAAAGCUUGCAGCUCAGCAAAAAGCUGGGGCCCAAGCCCAACCUCUACCUGAAGCUCAUGCAAUGGCUUCUAGCACUUUAGUCCAAAAUCAGGAUUUAAGAUAUGAUCAGGUUCCUGGGCCCUAUGGCUUCAUGGCUUCGCAUCAGACCCAGCCACCCCAACAGCCUUAUGUUACCUCAACUGCCAUGCAUGAUAGCCCCUAUCACCACACUUCUGAUAGCUAUCAACCCGCUCCCAAUGUCUAUCAACAAGUCCCCUAUGAAUUGCAUAAUCCCCAGCAUGCUUACCAACAACCCCCUUCUAGCCCUUACCAACAAGCACCAAGUCUUUCCUACCAGCAGCCCCCUUCAUAUCAAACUGGCCCCACCCCUCCAUAUCAAACUGGCCCCAAUAUGUCCUAUCAAGCCUCCCCAACAUCAUGCUAUCAACAAGCUCCAAGUUCUUAUGUGAUACCUGCCUGUCCAGUGGCAGCAAGAUCAGAUUCGGCUUCAGGAAGUACCAUUGUUGCUGCACCAAAACCAAAGUUUUCUGCCAAAAAAAGUGAUGCACAAGUGUGGAAACCUGGCACUGCUAAAAGUGCUGAUAACUAGGGCUUACUGGUCAAGCAGGGAAUCAAAACUAUAUACAAAUAAGUGAAAAAGGGUGCAAUAUGUUCUUACAUGUAUAAAACAUGUAUAAAAGCCCAAGGUGGCCUUUGACACUUUUUU